AUGCCCUGGGACUCCCCGUCGCUGUGGGAGCUGGUGGAGGAGCACAUUCCGCUCCCGGAGCGACCCGAAGUGAAGAGGAUUUUGGGGGAGGCGGUGGUGGACCUGAACCUGGAGCUGCGAGCGGAGGUGGCGAUGUUACAGGCACUGCUCAGAGAGGCCCGAUCCUCCCAAGCCCCAGGCUCCCAACCCAUCUCUGACCCUUCCACCCUUCUGGCACCACCGCCUCUCCUGAGGGACCUUGUACGCCAGGAACUCCGACAGCUGCUCCAAAGUCUCCGCCACAAGGCUAUCUGCGAGGGCAGGGACCAGGCCCAGGCCUGGGCCCAAUAUAACCCCAAAGUCCUUCGCUUUGCCUUGGAGAAGCCCACCUGUGACCUUCCAGAACAGGAGCUAUUCCACGGGAGAGCGCUUGAGCCCAGCAGCAGUCAAAGGAACCUCAGUGUCAUCAAGGACCAGCUGAAUGUGUCCAGCAUUGACCAGGUUGCUGGACACUUGAGGGUCCUCUUGGAAGAGGACUGUCGCAGCUUGGAAAGAGAGAUCUCUACUCUGCAGUGCUGCCUGGAAGCGGAGCAUACACGGGCUCGCCAACCCUCCAAGACAACCCCAGAGCCCACUCUGGCAGAACUGAAGGAACAGAAGAAGGCCAUGGAACAAGAGCUGCAGGCCUCUUUCAGGCCCCCCUGCCUCUCUGCAAAGCACUGGCAGCAGCCAUCAGAGUCCAGUACUCAGGACCUCAAACACGUUUUUUGUCGCCCUGGGGCUGCCAGAGUCUGGUCUGGAACUCUCCAUGGCUAUCAGCCUGCACCUCCUUUGGAGCGCCGUUCCCAACACGCAGGCCAGGCUGCCGUGUGCCGCUGGGGCCGGCAGCUUCGGUGCAGCCCCAGGAAGGGGCCGACUUCCACAACUGUGUCCAGUGCCGCACCCCAGGCUCCCCGCCAGGCUCCCACCUGAAGGACUGGCCACAGAAGCAGGCUUCUG